AUGGCGGCCCACGCCGUCGGCGAGGGCUCCGGCGUCGGCGUCUCCUUCUCAGGCGACCGCGGCUGGGCGGCCGGCACGACCGUGGCGCUCGCGAUCGGCCUGCACAACGUGCCCGAGGGCCUCGCCGUUGCCACGGUCCUCGCCGCGCGCGGCGCGCCCCCGCGGCGCCUGCUGCUGUGGACGACGCUGACCGCGCUGCCGCAGGCGCUGGUGGCGGUGCCGUCGUUCCUGUUUGUGGAGGCGUUCGCGGCGCUGCUGCCGCUGGCGAUGGGGUUUGCCGCGGGCUGCAUGACGUGGAUCGUGGCGGCGGAGCUGCUGCCAGACGCCCUCGAGGCCCUGGACCACGGCGCCGUCGCCACCGCCGCCACCGCCUCUGCCGCAUGGCUGCAAGGCUUGGCAGUGUUCAUACGGCACCUGGAGACAGCGCCGCCCCCAGCCGCCCUUGGCGACCCGCCAGGGCCCCAGCUGCUGCCGCUCGUGCUCAGCCUGCUGCUGCCCUGCCUCGCGCCUGGAGUGGCGGCGGGCAUGGCCGCGAACCUCCUGCCCUCUCGCCCCGCCGCGCUCGGCGUGUCGGCCGGCGCGCUCGCCGGCGGCGGCGCGCUGGGCCUGCUGUGGCUCGCGGCGGGCGGCAAGCAGCCGCUGUGGCUGAGCGCGGCGCUGGCGGCGGCGGGCGCGGGGGCGGCGGCGAUGGUCUGGCAGGAGAUGGGGGCCGGCAGCGGCGGCGCCGACGGCCCGCCGUCCGAGCCGCACAAGAAGCACGACGGCGACGCGCUGCCAAAGACAAACGGGUACACCUCACUGUGCAACGGCGGCGCUGCAGGUCACGCGCCCUACAUGGGGCAUGCGCACCACCCUCACAUCUACCCGCACCACCACCACCAACACAACGCACACCACCUGGCUGAGCAGCAGCAGCGGCACGCGCAGCUAAGCCUGGCGGGCAGCGACUCGAGCCCAACGUGCGCGCACAUACGCGCGGUGGCGACAGCGGCGGCGGCGUUUGACGCGCCGUCAAAGGCGCCUCAUCACGCGAAGCCCCAGCCGAGCACGCCGCGCGGAGGCGAGGGGCUGACCCUGUGGCCCGGCGCGCGCGCGGCGGCUGCGGGCUGCGGCGCCGCGGUACUGUGGUGCUGCUCCCGGGGUGCGGCGCUGGCGGCGGCGCUGUUGGUGCCGGGGCAGGACUCGGGGCGGCUCAUGGUCCCCAUGGUGCUGCACGGCUGGCAGCAGCAGCGGCAGCAGCGGCAGCAGCAGCAGCAGCAGCAGCAGCAGCAGCAGCAGCAGCAGCAGCACGCCGUGCGGCGCGUCGGCGCUUCCGCGGUCGCGCUCUGCGCUUCGGGGUCGGUGGUGGCGCUGUCGCUGCUGCUGGUGGGGCCCGCGGCGUACGGCGCCGGCGCCGGCAGCCUGCUGCAGGCGACGGCGGCGGCCGCGGCCGCCUACAGCGCAGGCGCCGAAAUGCUGCUCGCCGCCGCGUCGGGCUGGGCGGCGCAUGCCGGGGCGGCGCUGCUGCUGCCCCAGGCGCGGGCGUGGCAUGCGCGGCGCGGGGGCGGGGGCUUCGUCCUCGGCGUCGUCCUCGCGGCGGCGGGCGGCGCCAUUUCUGCGGGCCUGUGCUUUGCGACGCCUUACUGCUUGCAGCCCCUUCACACGUCACAGCAGCAAUGA